AUGAAGAUUCGCAGCUUCACAAUCAUUUUUCUCCUUCCUUGCUUUCUUUUCAUUGUAGCAUGCUCUUUUUCUCUUGAUGCUCAGGCUUGCAAGCCUAGUGGCAAGAUUAGAGGAAAAAAGCCUCCACCAAAACAGUGUAACAGGGAAAAUGACUCCGACUGCUGCAUCAAAGGCAAGUGGUACACAACUUACAAAUGCUCCCCGCCGGUUUCAUGGCGUACAAAGGCAACCUUAACUCUCAAUAGCUUUAGGAAGGGUGGGGAUGGUGGUGGUGCAUCAGAAUGUGACAAUAAGUUCCACUCAGAUGAUAUACUUGUGGUAGCUCUAUCAACUGGAUGGUUCAAUAAUAAAGGGAGAUGCUUGAAACACAUUUACAUAUAUGGUAAUGGCAGAAGGGUUAAGGCACUAGUGGUUGAUGAAUGUGACUCGACUAUGGGAUGUGAUCGAGACCAUGAUUACCAACCUCCAUGUCCUAACAAUAUUGUUGAUGCUUCCAGGGCAGUUUGGAAGGCAUUGGGAGUGCCUGAGAAACAUUGGGGUCAACUUGUAAUACAUUGGUCAGAUGCUUGA